AUGGCGCGCGGUGUCGACCACCUCGAAAGGCGUGAGUUCUUCAAGGUGCUGCUCCCUUGCUGCCUGCAGGAUCUGGAAAGCCUCCAAACCACGCCGGCGCGGCGCUCCCGUCAGCCAAGUACACGACGUGUGCCGAGCAAAGUCUCCCGGGUGAUCGGAGACAGCGACGGCGCGGUGCUCGUGGUGGGCGCGCUCGGCAGAGUGUGGCGCGUGGAAGUGCGGCGCGGCGGCAAGGAGGAGGCAUUCCUGGCGCGCGGGUGGGCGGAGUUCGCGCGCGCGCACGGCAUCGGCGUCGGGUGGUUCGCCGUGUUCAGACACGAGGGCCGCGGGGUGCUCUCCGUCAAGGCGUUCGACACCAGCCUGUGCCGCAGGGAACUCUGCGCUCCAUUUGACCCGCAAGAACAUGUUAGCGAGGCGCCGAGGCCGCAGUUCAUCAGAAUUUUCCUCCGUGAAUUCUCCAGGAAGAUGCCAAUCCCUCCACGGUACGAAGGGAACAUGGUGUUCACUGUGAAAGUGUUCGAGCCAAGCGGGUGCCAGAAAGAGUACUACGGCACAGCAAUUUCAGGAGAUGUCGCCGGUGAGAAAACCCCAGGUGAUCAACCACACGCAGAGGAAAUGCGCCAGAGAGCAAGCCAAUCAUGCAGAAUGCUUCCUGAUUUGUUGCUAAAGCCUCAUGCAACUCUAAUUCACAAUGCACUGAAAACAUCGGCUCAGAGCAAGAGAUCAUGGAAGGCGACGUUCAGGACGGCCAACACCUACUGCUACCUCCAGUCAGGCUGGAAGGAGUUCUGCCGGGACAACAGAGAAGGCGACCAGUGCACCAUCAACAUCGUUGAGAGGACUCUAUGA